GCGAAUGACGUUUUCCAUCGAGGUCAAGGAAAAGUGGUUAGGACAGAACACAGGAUGGAUAAAUAAUCAUCUCGGUUUUCAACGUCACAUCACUUCCGGAUAGAGUUCGUGUUCAGGAAAAGUUGUAUUCAUGUGAUGUGGUCACGUGACGUUUAUAGUUCGUGGGCUGUAUUACAACGCACUUAGAAAACUUGUCGUUUUUAUGCUAUCGGAAAUUGUUCGAUAUUGUGGGCGAUGAGUGAGGGGCAUUAUUUAGAGUUAAGUGAAAACCCUGUCCAGUUUGAAAAUGCGUCGAGUGUCAACAAUGUAUUUUUCGACGAGGCUAAUAAACAGGUUUUUGCUGUGCGAUCUGGUGGUGCCACUGGGGUUGUGGUGAAGGGCCCAGAUGACAAGAACUCAGUUGCCUUCAGAAUGGAUGACAAAGGUGAGGUAAAGUGUAUAAAGUUUUCACUGGGGAACAAAAUCUUGGCUGUUCAGCGAUCACCAAAAACAGUGGAUUUCAUUAACUUCAUUCCUGAUUUUCCUCAUUUGGAAUUCUCUCAUGAAUGCAAGAUGAAGAAUUCUAGUGUUCUAGGCUUCUGUUGGACCAGUUGGAAUGAAAUUGUUUUCAUCACUGACCAGGGAAUAGAAUUUUACCAGGUGCUUCCUGAAAAGCGAACACUGAAGAUAUUGAAGAGCCAGAGCAUUAAUGUGAACUGGUAUAUAUACUGCCCAGAGACUGCAGUCCUUGUGCUGUCCACCACUGUACAAGGCAAUGUGCUACAACCCUUUGCUUUCAAAAAUGGGACCAUGUCAAAAAUGCCAAAGUUUGAGAUUGAGUUGCCAGUGAUUCCCAAACCAGCCAAAAUUAUCCUUUCAGAAAGAGACAUUGCAGUUGCUACCAUUUAUGGUCAGCUCUAUGUAAUGUAUCUUAAACAUCACAUAAGAACCAGCAACAGCCCAGGAGCAGAAGUAGUUUUGUAUCACUUGAUUAGAGAAGGAUCCUGUAAAAAGGCACAUGUGCUGAAACUGAACACCUCAGGCAAAUUUGCUCUGAAUGUUGUGGAUAAUCUGGUGGUUGUGCACCACCAGAGCUCACGGACCUCUCUUAUCUUUGAUAUCAAGCUGAAAGAGCCAGACUGUGCUGUGAAUAUUCACCAACCUGUACUUCCGGCACAGUCCAUCCACCCUUACAAGAUUUCCAUCACAGGGCCAGUGGCUGCUACCAGUCAGGCUUCAGUGCAGUGUGAGCUUUACUCAUCAACUUGGAGUGUCUUUCAACCAGAUAUCAUAAUCAGUGCAAGUGAGGGUUAUCUUUGGUACCUUCAUGUGAAUCUCCAUCCAACUGUGAACCUCCUUCAAGACAAAGGAAAAUUGAUGGACUUCCUGCUGCACAGAAGCGAUUGCAAAAUGGUCAUCCUGUCUGUAUGCUCACAGAUGCUUGUAGGUGGAGAGAAGGGAAACUUGCUUGUAGUGGCCACAGUAUUUGAUAAGCUAAACCAAGUGUAUAAGGAAUACCUGGAGGCAGAGCAAGCAUACACUUUGGCUAUGGAAUCAGGACCUAGUCGCUUCAGUAACUCCUAUAAAAGACCAGUUCGAACACAAGCAGUGAUUGAUCAGUCAGACAUGUACACGCAUGUCUUCUCUCCGUUUACUGAGAAGAAGGAUGUAUCACAUAAGUUCAUCAUUGCGGUUCUCAUGGAAUACAUUCGCUCACUCAACCAGUUCCAAAUCACAGUUCAGCACUACUUUUAUGAGCUGGUUAUCAAAACUCUGGUCCAGCAUAAUCUCUUCUACAUGCUGCAUCAGUUCCUCCAGUAUCACGUGCUGAGUGAUUCCAAACCACUGGCCUGCCUGCUGCUGUCAUUAGAGAGCACAUACCCCCCUGCUCACCAGCUCUCUCUAGAUAUGCUUAAGAGGCUCUCCACUGCUAACGAUGAGAUUGUGGAGGUGCUCCUGUCGAAACAGCAAGUACUUGGAGCUCUCCGUUUUGUCCGCAGUGUUGGUGGCCAUGACGGUGUCUCAGCACGGAAAUUUUUGGAUGCUGCACGACAGACUAAUGACACAAUGCUCUUCUAUACAAUCUUCCGAUUCUUUGAGCAACGAAACUUUAGGUUACGUGGCAAUCCUGCUUUUAACCCAGGUGAGCACUGUGAGGAGCAUGUCAAUUACUUCAAAGAAGUAUUUGGAGAACAAACACUGAUGAAACCUCCAGUUGUCUGAAGAAAAGGAUUGAGAUUUAGUACGCAAAGUCCUGAACCAUUUAUAAAUUAUCCUUCUGACUUAAGCUGAAAAAAGUUUGAUACUUCAUUACUUCACAUUCAAGCUAUAUUCUGUUCAUUCUUAUUUAAAUGUGACUGUGAAAGAGACCAUGCGCAUUAGGAAUUUCACAUGACCAUGUCCCUUUGCAUCCAGGCUCAUACUGUGCAUGUUCUGGUUGUCACUGCCCUGAUUGUAAUUCUGUGGGAAUGUCACUGUUUUGAUCAACUGUACAGUUUUUAUGCUGUUUUUAAACAUAUAAAAUGCUUUUGAUUGAUGCACUGAAAGGAAUAGUGUGCAAAAUUAUAAUGUGGUUAAACAUGCAGUUACUGCAUUUUGACACAAUUUACUAGUUUGGUUUAAAACUACAAAGUUUAAUUACUUUGGCAAGAUAAGCAAGUAUAAAAGCGUUAGAUGUGUAGUGGUUUAUAUAUUUUGAGAGGUGAAAUUGGACAUGUAAGAAUGUAACUUUUCCAAUCUUCAUUACAGUACACAACAAAGCUAAAUUCAUUUUUACCAUUGUUUGGAUUGCAUAAGCAACAUGAGCAUGAGCAACAUGUAAAGUUAAAUGCAUCAUCUACCAAGUGUCAUCCAUCAUCACACCUCAGUGUGCUCUUACCCUGCACUUGCAGUGGCUCAGUAUUGACCCAACAAAGUAGCCAGAAAUCAAUACAAGUUUCCGAUAAAAGGUGGAGACUUCAAAAGUGGAAGCAACGUUUGGCAAUGCAAAGUGGGCAGUGUAAAUGAUGUGACAAAGUUAAACUUUAUGCAAAUUAGUUAUACGGCAACUAUCAACCAUACUGUGAAACAUUAUGGCCAAAUUUAUAUGGACAGCUGACCAUCACACUCAUAUGUGCCCAUUCAAAAACCAUGGGUAUUUAACAUGAAGUUAGUCUCCGCUUUGUUGUUAUAACAGCCUCCACUCACCUGGGGAGGCUUUUCACUAUAUUUUGGAAUGUGGCUGUGAAGAUUUUUGCCCAUUCAGUCACAAGAGCAUUAAUAAGGCUGGGCACUGAUGAAGUGCACUAAGAAGGCCUGGUGCGUGGUCAACAUCCAAUUCAUCCCAAAGACUCAGGCAGCUCAAGUUCUUUCACAUUAGCCUUUGCAAACUAGGUCUUUAUGGACCUUGCAUUGUGCACUGUCAUGUUGAAACAGGCUUGGGCCCUUGAGUCCCAGUGAAGGGAAAUAUUAAUGCUACAGCAUCCAAAGCCAUUCGAGACAAUUGUCUGUUUUGAGGCAACAGGGGAAGGCUCACAUACGAGUGUGAUGGUCAGGUGUCCACAUAUCUUCUGCCAUAGAGUGUAAAUUGUUGAAAAAAAAUAACUUCUUAGUAUUGAAGUAAUUAAUUCAAAUGUUCAACUAAUGUACAGAGAAUAAAUGUGCAGAGUUACAAUAAACAUCUAUAAUAAAUAA